AUGGACACGGCCGUUAAGGAGAUUUUCCAGGAGUACAAUCCAACAGGCUGGCUGCCGAAUGGCCAUUUUCAAACAAUAUUCUCCACUCUCCUCGAUACCUCGAACAUCGAUAGCGUCGACUAUCACAGACACACACUCUUACUCAGAGAUGGCGGGAACAUCUCCCUCGAUAUCCACAACCCAGGAAAACAGAAAGUAGCGGUCAUUUGCCAUGGACUAACUGGUGGUUCUCAUGAGUCAUAUGUACGAACAGUCGUGGCUCAACUAGGUGAAGACGUAACCUCUAUCGUAGUCAUAGCCAGAGGAUGCGCAAACACCACAAUCACAUCUCCGCUUCUUUUCUCCGCGGGCCAAACAAACGAUCUACGGACUGCUAUCCUCUACAUUAAAAACCUGUAUCCUGACGUGGAUUUGAUAGCCAUCGGAUUCAGUCUCGGGGCCAACAUUAUCACGAAAUACUGCGCCGAGGAGGGUGACAAAUGCCCAUUCAAGGCAGCUGUUGUACUGUCCAAUCCUUGGGAUCUCUACAAAGGUACGAAGGAGCUCGAGGGGUCUUAUCUCGGCCUUUACUUUUACGAUAGAGCUAUGGCGUCUAGUAUGAUGGCUUUAUUGAAUUUGCAUGGGCAUGCACUCAAGGAAACUCAUGCAGAGGAGCUUGCACUCAUCAAUUCACUGAAAUGGCCGACCGUCAAGCAGUUUGAGGAUAUUAUCACUUGCAAAGUCGGUGGGCAUCCCCCAGAUUUCCCAAUUCCAAACGCUGAGGCGUACUGCAUUUGGGCCUCAUCGGCAAACUACAUAGAAAAGAUUAAGAUACCUUUCCUAGGUUUGAACUCGGAGGAUGACCCUAUAGCAUUCAAAGCAGCCUGGCCAGAACCUGCCGACGAAUACAAGACAUCACCUUCUAACCUCUACAAAUGCAAAGCGAACCCACUUGUGCACAUCUACCACACCAAGCACGGUGGUCACAUGGCUUGGUUUGAAGGUGGACACCCAUUUAGCGUGUUUAGAACGGGUCCAACAUAUUCAGACAACUACCCUGCACCUCGUCGUUGGUUUGCGAAACCUGUUGCCCAACUCGUCGGACAUCUCUUCACGGAUAAUUUUGCUCCUGCUCCAGGUGCUAGCGAGAAGCCUGUUAGAGUUUUUGAUGGAGAUAUGGAGUGGGAGACUAGAGAUCCGAAUCUUAAGGAGUUCGUAGCUUACUCGGUUCUCACUAAGGGGGAUGAAAUCAUUCACGGCGGAGAUGAGUCAAAGAAUAACGUCUCCCAAGGGUUUUAA